GUCUGAGAUGGCAGAAGAUGGAAAGUUUCGAAUUGAGAAGUUCGAUGGUACAGAUUUCAGUUGGUGGAAAAUGCAAAUUGAAGAUUUGCUGGUUCAGAAAGAUUUGGACGUGGUAAUGGGUGACAAGCGAGAAAAGAUGUCGGAUGCAGAUUGGGCAAGUUUGGAACGGAAAGCUAUGUCCGUGAUCCGUCUCUCGUUGACCAAGAAUGUUGCCUUCAACAUUCUGAAGGAGAAGACAGCGAAGGGAAUUAUGGAAGCGCUGUCUAACAUGUACGAGAAGCCAUCUGCUGCGAAUAAAGUUUUUCUGAUAAGAGAGCUGGUGAACACAAGGAUGAAAAAUGGCACUUCAGUUACCGAGCAUAUCAACAAGUUGAAUUCAAUCUUAGCCAGACUUUUGUCAGUGGGCAUUAAGUUCGAUGAUGAAGUUCAAGCUUUACUACUGUUGUCGUCAUUGCCUGACAGUUGGUCCGGAACUGUUACUGCAGUUACCAGUUCAGCGGGACCUGAUGGAUUCACAUUUGAGAAGAUUCGUGACCUCGUUCUUGGCGAAGAUGUCAGAAGAAGGAGUUCUGGUGAGUCUUCAGAAGAAUCACUAAAUAUAGUUAAAGGCAGAGGAAACAACAGAGGUAGUGGCAGCAAGAACAGACGAAGGAGUCAAUCGAAGACUCGGGAUAGCUCAGGCGUAACGUGCUGGAAGUGCAAGGAGGUGAGGCAUUUUAGGAAUCAAUGCUCGAAUGAUAAUAAUGUGAACAUUGCUAAAGGCUUUGCGAGUGACGAGGAGGUCACUCUGACUUGCUGUGAGGAGACACUACAAAAACAACGCAGAAAAACAGAGAGGAAAAAAGAGGGUGAAGCGGAGAGAAGGAAGAAGAGAGAAAAAGAGAGGUGCAGCCUGGUUUUGUGCUCCGAUCGAUGACCAAACGAGCUCCGAUCGGGAUGAAAUUUUAGUAUGUUGUUCCUGAGAUCCUCUUCUUCAUAUCCAACGGUGGGAUUGUUGUUUUGACCUCUCGAUGUCGGUAAAAUCGUCUCUGUUUACUGCUGCGUUUUUAUUGAGGAUUUCUCACUCUUUAGUGAAGAUUAUUGUUGUUUGGUGUUCCAAGUUAUUACUUGAUGAUUGUGUGUACCUCUAAUUGAUUUAGAGAAGAUUCUUGGUGUACCCACUGAUUUUCUUGGUGAUUAGUGAAAGGCUUCGUGGUUUUUUCCCCGAUUUGGGGUUUCCACGUUAAAUCUUGGUGU